AAAUUGGCUUUAAGGUUCUGCCGUACCUGCCCUUCUCGAUGGAAAUGGAGCAGUCGGAGAGGGAAGCGAUCAGAGACGCUUCUGUAGAGGUUUCUCGGCAGUUCAAGUCACUAGUUAACGCUAAAGAUAUCGAGUCGCUCAAGCAAUUACAGAACCUAAUAUUGGGAAGGUUACAGGAUAGCAAUGCUGUCUUAUCACAUUUUAAUGAUUUUUCGGAGCAGUGCUUUGCAGAGAUUUCUGGUGAUCUAUCAAAGAAUACACUUCUUUUAAGGUCCAUGAAGAUGGACCUUGAUUACAUAUUUCAGAAGCUGAGAAGCAUGAAAGCCAAGAUCAUGACUACCUAUCCAGAUGCAAUUCCUGAUCCUUCAACCAUGCAAAAGCUUGACCAAAGACCAGACCUUGAGAGGUUUCAGUAAAAUCAUCUAUUCUAAGAAGAAAGAGCAUGCCGGCUGUUAGGAUUUGGUGAUUUUUGUAUUUGCAUUGUUGGUUGUAUAUGUGUUUUACAGAUAGGCAUAAAAUAAUUCAUUACAAAAAAGAGAAGAAAAUUACCAAGGAAUUUGUAUUGUCAAUUACUGAAGACAGGUUUGUUGCAUUUUUUCCCUCUUAGCACCAAAAAAAAAAAAAAGUGUUAUUUGAUAUAUAUGUUGUAACUCGACAGUUACUGAGAGGGAGGGUGAAUCAGUGAGUCUAAUUUCGAUCCCCAAAAA